UGUUGUAAUUUUUGAUGUUUUUUUUUUUCUUGGUUGGUGGGGGUAGGGUAAGUUAGGCAGCUUGUAGUUGAAGGAAAAAUGACAUGCACAGUUUACAUGGCGUGCUCUGAAAGAGAGAGAGGAGGGAUUUAUGAAAGUAUACUUAGAAUCCAAAUUUACCCUUUCCCUUUUUCUAUCCCCAGAUUGGAGUACUCAAAAAGAUGGAUAAAAAGGCUGAAAUCUCAAGAAAUAUAUAUUAAUCGUUCGGACACAAGGACCACUUACACCAUGCAGGAGAAUCUGUGAUUCAGUGUCAAAGUACAAGUGUUCCUUGAUUAGUUUUUCAUCAUCUGUUAUGUGAAAGCUGCUUCUUUGUUCUUGGCCUGGUGAAUUUGCCCAGUUUUCGUGUUCUUGGACUGGACUGGACUGAAGAUGGUGAAUGAGAACUCUCCGGAUACAGUUCUUGAGGACUACCUGAAUGGUUUAGUAUCAGAAACAGACACUACAAAGAGCAGCAUAUUGGAAUUUGAAUCGGAGAGUUACGAAAAGAGGAAUUCGAAAUGGGAUGGGUUUCUUCAGCUGUUGAGGGAUAAAUUCAAGAAGAGGCAUUUCGGGAGCUUGGAUCCUCUGAGUUCUUUGAAAAUCUCGAAACGAUUUAGCUGCAGCAUGAGGGAGGCAGCUUGUGGUUCUGGGCUGUUGCAGAGCCCCAUUUUGGAGGGUGGUUUGAGCUAUUUCAAGCCUCAGUGGAAGAACUUCAGCCUGUCUGAGAUCGAGAUCGCCACCAACAAUUUUCACCAUGAAAACUUAAUUGGGAAAGGCGGCUAUGCUGAAGUUCACAAAGGGCGUUUGCGAGAUGGACAACUAGUUGCAGUUAAGCGUUUGACUCGAGGAUCACCCGAGGAGAGGAUAGGGGAUUUCUUAUCUGAGCUUGGCAUAAUGGCUCAUCUUAACCAUCCAAAUACUACCAAGUUGAUUGGCUAUGGAGUUGAAGGUGGAUACUAUCUUGUUCUCGAGCUGUCUCCUCAUGGAAGCUUAGCUUCUAUGCUGCAUGUCUCGAAGCAGAAACCGGGAUGGUAUAUCAGGUAUAAGGUUGCACUAGGCACAGCUAAAGGGCUGCAGUAUCUUCACGAGGGCUGUCAACGACGAAUCAUUCAUAGAGAUAUUAAAGCCGCAAAUAUAUUGCUUAUGGAGGACUUUGAGCCUCGGAUUUGUGAUUUUGGGCUUGCAAAGUGGCUCCCGGAGAGAUGGACUCACCUGACUGUCCUGAAAUUCGAUGGCACAUUCGGAUAUCUUGCACCCGAGUUUCUAAUGCAUGGUAUAGUGAAUGAAAAGACUGAUGUUUUCGCCUUUGGGGUGCUUCUUUUGGAGCUCAUUACCGGGCGUCGAGCGUUAGAUUACUCUCAGCAAAGCCUCGUAAUGUGGGCAAAGCCUCUGCUAAAGAAAAAGAGGAUUAGGGAACUUGCAGAUCCAUCACUCGGAGACGACUACAACCUUCUGCAGAUGAAUCUCAUGGUCUUGGCCGCUUCGUUAUGCGUGCAGCAUUCGUCCAUCAAACGCCCACAAAUCAGCCAGGUUCUGCAACUUCUGAAUGGCAACUGUGAAAGCCUAGACUAUAUCAGAAAAAACCGAAAACCAUCCCCCAUUAGAAGGGCUGCUAUGAAGGAAAAAACAUAGCCUAAACGGUUUUUGUGCCUUGAAGAACAUAUUGUUAUUCUGCAGAAUGGUUAAGAUGAUAAUGGGAAGGAGGGAUGUCUCAUUCCUUUGGUGUAAAUACUUAUUUUUUGUUUUUGUUUUUGACCAUUUCUUUCCACCAAUUUAGUGCCAAUAUGUUGUCCAACCAUGAACCUAUGUAACAUAAAGAACCACUUAUUUUUUUGAGCAGAUAAGUCCACUAAAAGAUGAUAAUCUUCGUCUUCUUCUGCAGAUUGCAGAUAUGAGGAUAAAGAUUCUGUAUUCUCA